AACCACGGUCAUUUUUUUCCUGACGUGUGAAAAAAAAAAGACCCACUUCCGGCUUCUAGCAAUUUCAUCGGAAGUCGCGUGACGUCACUCCGAAGUCCGCUGGCGAGAAUCUUCGACCCGAGUGGCAGCAAAGCAAUGGCGGCUCAGACUCGUUUCCCCGACAGCCUCAUCGACGAAGACCCGCAGAAAGCUCUCGAGGCGUUGAACGACGGCCUGCGAGGAGACUGUGGCAACGCUGAGUGGCUGUGUCAGCGUGCCUAUGCCUACAUACUUCUCAAAAACUACGGCUGUGCUGUCGAUGACGCCAAGAAAGCGCAGCAGCUGAAUCCGGGCCUUUCCCUCGCCUUCCUGCGAACCGGAAUAGCCGAGUACCACCUGAAGCAGUACGAGUCAGCCCGUGGCGCCUUCACUCGGGGACAGCAACUGGAUGUUUCUGACAAAUCGUUUGAGAUUUGGCUCAACCGAUGUGAGGAAAUGUUGGAUGAAAAGAUGCACAACGGCGGCGUUGACGCGCACUUACCAGUGGUGCCGCAUGUGAAACAUGACUGGUACCAAACAGAAUCCGAAGUCAUCAUCUCAGUUAUGGCAAGAAACGUUCCUAAGGACGGCGUGUCCGUCAACUUCAAGGAAAAAGAACUGUCGGCCUCGAUAAGGCUGGCGUCCGGGGAAAACUACAACCUCGAGCUCCGCCUUCUGCAUCCCAUCAUUCCACACCAAAGCAACUUCCGGAUCCUCACCACUAAGGUGGAGAUGAAGCUGAAGAAGAUGGACGCCAUCAGAUGGGAGAAGCUGGAGGGAGAGGGACAGGAAUCCAACGUCAAACACUUUGAUCCAAAUCAGCACCCGACGUCGUCCCACCACAGCCGCAAAUGGGACAAGAUGGUGGUGGACAUCAGCGAGGAGGAGAAAAAUGAGAAGUUGGAAGGCGACGCGGCGCUCAACCAGCUCUUCCAGCAAAUCUACGCCGACGGUUCGGACGAGAUCAGGCGCGCCAUGAACAAGUCUUUCACGGAGUCAAACGGUACCGUCCUGAGCACCAACUGGAAAGAUGUGGGCAAGAGAAAAGUGGAAGCCAGCCCACCCGAUGAUGUUGAGUGGAAGAAGAACUGAAGCCCCACCCCCACCCCACCCAACCGCCACUCAAUUUGACCCGACGGUUCUCUCGCUAACCCCGUCUUGAGUCCGGCGGGGGAUUUUGAAACUUCUGCAGAGCCGCCGCGGCGUUUCGCCUCCUGUCAGCUUUGCGGCUCAGCACUCUGCAGUUUGGAAGAGCAAACUGAUGACGCGUCGGUAGGUGAACGGGGAGGGGGGGGUGGCGGCUCUUGGUCAAUAUCGCUAUAAAGUGCCUUUGGUAAACGUUUGCACACAUUGAUGAAAAGUGUUCAUUUUCUCCUCCCCGCCUGUCCCAUGGCCUCCGUCAAUUUUGGCAUCUCCUCCGCGCGGCUCUGCUAAAUCCUGUGUAGUAAGCGCUUAAUAACAUUUAAAAAAAAAAAAAGACGCAUGUCAACAAAUUGGUGUGAAAAGCUUAAUUUAGUUUUGUACUUCAUUUCAAAAAGUGCAACCCACAAAGGUGCACGACGGACACGGAGAAUCUUUAAUUAUGAUGAUUGUCGCUCACAGCAACAAUUAGGAGAUAAAUUGCAUUUAUUUCUGAAGUCGAAAGGAGGCAAGAACCAAGAAGUGAACAUUGUAAUGUAUUGAGAUGAAUUUGCAGUUUUGCUACUCCCAAAACCUCCUUCAAUCAAAUGAGUCAUAUUGACGACGUAUAUGACCAUUUUGCGUGUCCCUGAAACUGCUGUCCAUCCUGUUAUUAUGGGAUGUUUGGGCUUGCUCAAAACUUUUUGUUGUUGUUGUUGUUGUGACUUUACUACUAGCGGCAUCGCUUGCGUCUUCAGUUGAGGCCCGAAGGAAAAUGUCCAGUUGACAUAAUGGCGAGCUGAACAUUUUCAGGCUUAACAUGUGCGCUCUGUCUUUGUGAAAUAUCGCACGAUAGAAAUUCUUAACUGUAUCGUGAUUCCCUGAGCUCAAAGUUGAAUUUGUUUGGUCACCGCGAUCGGAACGCCAAUCGCGUCGAUGUGAAAUUUGCCUUCCCCGUCGGAACAAAUUUUAACAUUUGCGCCUCCCUCAAAAUAAAACUUUGUUUUUCGAUUGUCUGUACAAUAUUAUCCAUUUUCUAAAAACGUCCAAAAAUGACAAUGGAACGAAGCAAUUUCGGUCAGACUUUCCAUCAGUUGAGUGGCCCGAGUGUCGCUGUCUGCCUCUGUCACGAUAAGAGACGAGAAAUUUUUGUUUUUGGACGUGUGUACAGAAAAGACGUCGCGUCUCCUCGCAAAGGAGAACUGUCUACAUUCGUUGCUGCAGUAUUUGUGUUCUACUCUCGCUUGCUGUCAGGCUUAGUGAGGGUUCAAAUGUAGAAGGUGUCAGGCCAAAACCUCCAAUUUGGGUCAAUUAUUGAUCACGAGCGAUUGCGCAAUCAAGUGUUGAAGAUCGCUGGCUCUCUUUGAUGGCUCAAUGUUGAUUAUUUGAAUUUCAUUUUGGGAAGGUUUUUGUCAAUGGAUUUGGAGAUUCCGAAUCAUGUCAGCGACGUGAGUUUCUGUUGUUUUGGCGUUAGCAUUCGGCUAGCGGACGAAAGCAGUUUGUUUCAAAUUCCCGUCCUUGUGCCGUUUUGCGGUUUUCUUUUGACGGUAAACUUGGAGAGCUACAAAGCUCUUGAUUGAAGAGGAGGAAUUUUUCAUUGUUUCCAAGUUUCAGCUUAUUGUGAGGUGAAUUUGUGCUCGGCAACACUCGUACGUGGGCGCGUUGGCGUACCAAAGAGUUCAGCUGUCGGCAGUCGCCUUGCGACCUCCCAUCUUCAGGCGCAAAAAUGUCCACAGUCGGCGAGCUCACAAAGUUUGCCGAAUGUUUUUCUACAUUUUCUGCUUGCUGUCGUCUUUUUUUUUUUUUUGUUUUGUUUUUGUUUCCUUCUGUUCCGUUUGGGGAGUGUGGCCAACGUGCAUUUGCGAGAGUUACUUCAUGUAAAAGGAGUUGAAAGCAAAGUGUCAACAUUUUGGGGGUGAAGAUUCGAAGGCACCUUAUGGUGAUAUUGACUAUCUUUGUAAGAAGGAUGCUGUUAUUUUACAAUGAAAGACUUUGUGUGGUGAUCAAUAAUAACUUUAAAUACAUCUCAAUAAGUUUGAACUGACUGGCAGGUUGGUUUGUAUUUCAGCUGUGCAAUUUCACUCACUUUGACUCAGAAACGACGUAUUAAAACGUUUUGACAGUUUCCAUCCAG